AUGACCUACUGGGCAGUACGACAGGGGACGCCACUAACCCUAAUUCCAGACCUCGAAGAAGCAGACAUCAACAAGAUCGCUCGUCAAGCGACCACGUUAGACCACUUCUUUCAAGAGAUAUUUGCGUACCAAGGGACGGACGAGGCACCCAUCCUCCACACCUAUUCAGCCUUUAUCAUUGACUUCGAAGGGUGGAAGAGGCGACCCGUUAAACGAGACGACGCAACGCUCGCCAGCCUCACGAAAUUCUACCACUACAAAGUCCUAGAGGAGGACGGGGACAAGGAGUACAAGACUGUCGUAUUCUGGAGAUGGAGGAAAAGGCUGCCAUGCGACGAAUAUCUGAGAAGGCGAUACAAGGCGCACCUACCAGGAGAAGAAAUUGCAUAUCUAAUUCGUGAAGAGUUCCAAUUCGACUACGCCCCCAGAACCGGGACAACGUACGACCGAGAAACAGGUCUCAUCACCUCACGGCAUAAUCGCCAGAGCCCCUCCCUUCUUGAACACUCAUGCAGCGGUUCUACAGACGAGGAUCUUCUGUUCGUUAGGUUCGUCGAAGUUCCGGAAGUUCUCUACCACCCCCGCGCCGUGAACAGUCCCGCAGCAUGGAUUCGGUUCAACGUGAAAAAACUCGAGCAAUCUCGACGUCAAACCUCAGAAGCUCGAGCAGCGCGUGGAAUCGAUCCUUCCCCUUACCGUCGCUCUCAAUCACCGGCACGCCUGUCAGACCCUUUCUUCGUAUCGCAUGAAAGGCCAGAAGUCAUGUUCAGAAGAAUGUUGAAGGACGAAUCCGCGAAGAUCACAUACACCGAAAGCACAUGGUUUGCACCGGGCUUUGCAUGGAAUGCAGACUUCCUAGAGACAGCGUACAUCUUCAUCCCAGACAUUGAAAGUGAAGCUCGGCUCAGCCUCUAA